CGCUGUUGCACGCAGCUAGUACCCUACGUCAGUUUUGCAUACUUCCCAACAGCCUAAAACUGAUACGGCAUGGACAAGGAUUUUCUUAAUUGUACAUCAUAUACAUUUGCGUAUAUUAAGCUACAAACCAUGUCUAAGAAAAUGCUUCAUUUUAAACGGCACACUCGGUUCCCAUGAGGAGUGGCAGUGGCGUCUGAGCGAGCACGCGCACGCACGCUCAGCGCUAAACUGACUGUCAAUGUUCGACCGCAAGUUGAGUCCAGUGGUGGUUGAGUCCAGUAAAUCAAGCGAUUUUUAAGAAGUUAAGGAGACGGGUUUGUUGCACACUGUUUUUAAUCGUCCGGUGAUUCGCGCCGCAUCCUCGCGGCUCUGUAACUAUGGGCAACCGGGGGAUGGAGGAGCUGAUCCCGCUGGUGAAUCGCCUGCACGAUGCCUUCAGCGCCAUCGGACAGAGCUGCAACCUGGACCUGCCGCAGAUCGCAGUGGUCGGGGGUCAGAGCGCAGGCAAGAGCUCAGUCCUGGAAAAUUUCGUGGGCAGAGAUUUUCUGCCAAGAGGAUCAGGAGUUGUUACGAGGAGACCACUUGUCCUUCAGCUUAUCAGUGCCGCCACAGAGUAUGCAGAGUUUCUACACUGUAAAGGGAAGAAGUUUACAGACUUUGAUGAGAUUCGUCGGGAGAUUGAAGCAGAGACAGACAGAGUCACGGGAUCAAAUAAGGGCAUAUCCUCCAUUCCUAUCAACCUGCGUGUCUACUCUCCAAAUGUUUUGAACUUGACUCUAAUAGACCUUCCAGGCAUAACUAAAGUCCCAGUGGGAGAUCAACCCCCUGACAUUGAAUACCAGAUCAGAGACAUGAUCAUGCAGUUCAUCUGCAAGGAAAAUUGUCUCAUCCUGGCUGUCACUCCUGCUAACAUGGAUCUGGCUAACUCUGAUGCUCUUAAAUUGGCCAAAGAUGUGGAUCCACAGGGCCAACGCACCAUCGGUGUAAUCACUAAGCUGGAUCUGAUGGACAAGGGCACGGAUGUCAGGGAUGUGCUGGAGAAUAGGUUACUGCCACUUCGCAGAGGUUAUAUUGGUGUGGUAAACCGUAGCCAAAAGGACAUAGAUGGAAAAAAGGACAUAAGUGCAGCUUUGGCUGCAGAGAGACGGUUUUUCAAAUCACAUCCAUCGUACAGGCACAUGGCAGACUGCAUGGGGACUGCAUACUUACAAAGGGUCCUUAACCAGCAACUUACCAACCACAUCCGUGACACAUUACCAGCGUUCCGUAGUCAACUGCAGGGUCAGCUUCUCUCCUUGGAUAAAGAGGCAAAGGAGUACAAGUAUCUGAACUCGGAUGACCCCUCACGCAAGACUAAAGCCUUAAUGCAGCUGAUACAACACUUUGGGCUGGACUUUGAAAAGAGAAUCGAGGGAUCCGGUGAUCAGGUGGAGACAGUGGAGCUGUCAGGAGGUGCCAAAAUCAACCGUAUCUUUCAUGAGCGUUUCCCUUUUGAACUAGUUAAGAUGGAGUUUGAUGAGAAAGAAUUACGAAGAGAGAUCAGUUACGCUAUUAUAAACAUCCACGGCAUCAGGACCGGUCUGUUUACACCUGAUAUGGCUUUCGAAGCCAUAGUGAAGAAACAGAUUGUAAAACUCAAAGUCCCUUGUCUCAAGUGUGUAGACAUGGUGAUCCAAGAGCUCAUCAACACAGUACAACAGUGUACCAACAAGUUAGAGACCUUUCCCAAACUACGGGAGGAGACAGAGAGGAUAGUGACCACACACAUUCGGCAGCGAGAGAGUCAAGCCAAGGACCAGGUAUUACUUUCACUAGAGAUUCAGCUCUCUUACAUCAACACAAACCAUGAAGAUUUCAUUGGAUUUGCAAAUGCUCAACAGAAAACCAAUCAAACGACCAUUAAAGCUUCAGCAGUGAACCAGGGCGCUGCACCUCCACCACCCAGUCAAAUUGUGAUCCGUAAGGGCUGGUUAACCAUCAACAACAUCAGUCUGAUCAAAGGAGGAGCCAGAGAAUACUGGUUUGUGCUCACAGCCGAAAGCCUGUCCUGGUUUAAAGACGAUGAGGAAAAAGAAAAGAAAUAUAUGCUGCUUCUGGACAACCUGAAAGUACGAGACAUAGAAAAAAGCUUCAUGUCCAGCAAACAUGUGUUUGCCAUCUUUAACACAGAGCAGAGAAACGUGUAUAAGGACUACAGGCAUCUGGAGCUGGCCUGUGAUACGCAGGAGGAGGUGGACAGCUGGAAGGCAUCUCUGCUGCGGGCCGGGGUCUACCCAGAGAAAACCACUGUGGAUGGAGAGAGUUCAAGCCAGGUCGAGAGUUUCUCCAUGGACCCUCAACUAGAGCGUCAGGUCGAGACCAUCCGAAAUCUUGUGGAUUCAUACAUGACCAUUGUCUACAAAAGCAUACGAGACCUGAUGCCCAAGACCAUCAUGCACCUUGUCAUCAGCAAUGUGAAGGAGUUUAUCCACUCUGAGUUGCUAGCUCUGCUGUACUCAUCAGGAGAUCAUGUCUCUCUUAUGGACGAGUCUCCUGAACAGGCUCUGCGUCGAGAUGAGGUGCUGCGUACCCACGCUGCCCUGAAGGAGGCACUAAACAUCAUAACUGACAUUUCCACCUCCACCAUCUCCACCCCUUUGCCACCACCCGUAGAUAACUCCUGGCUGCACGGCAGCUCCACACUGCACCGCAGGUCUCCUCUGGGUUAUAGUGUCCCUAAGAAGCAUCCUGCACCAGCUGCUCCUCCUCCAACAAAUCGUUCAGAACCGCCCACCCCACCCCUUUCCAACAGCACAGACAACACCAAUACUUCCAGCCGCUCCAAACGAAUGCCUCCCAGUGUUCCCAGGAGACAACCACCGGCGGUACCCACACAAGAGACACACUGAGACCCCUGUGCCAUCAUCAAACCCACCUGCAAGGGAAAAAGUACCAAUUACACAAUCUGCUUGAAUUUUCAUUAAACUGCCUUUAAGAAAACCCGAUACUCCCCACUCAGUUUAUUUGUUUUAGAGUGGAAAAACAUUUUCGUAAAUGCAGACCUUGAAUCAGUUCUGGAUCUUUGAUUUUAGACAGAUUGUGGUUUAGCAAAGCAGAUCUCCAGCGAGCCAAAUAAUCUUUUUGCCCAAUAAUUCUGCUUUUAGGGAGCAAAACUGAACAUUAUGCUUUCAUGCUGAAAAGUUUGUUUCUCUUUUGUACAUACAUGUUCAUUUUAGUUGGGGUCAACAUUGUAUGUGUUGUUUUACAAUAUGCGUGCAUUGAGUGAGUUUAUAGGCUCAAAUAAAAAGGAUUUUUUUUUUUUAAUACUUUG